UAUAUUAUAUUGACGUUUGUAGUCCGAAAUGAUUACAGUGUUGAGAUUUAUUUUAGAUAUAUUUUAUGAAAAACAUAAUAAAAUUUUUUAUAAGAUGUAAUCAUGAUAAAUUUGAACGAGAAUCAAUUAAUCGAUGAUCUGUAUUCCAUAAUUAUUUUUUUAAAUAUAUAUCAUAAAAACAUAUUAUUUUUAAUAUAAACGAAUAUUUUUUAUUUUUUCAAGAAAUUUUAACUUUAUUAAUUAAGUAUUUUUACGCUGAAGUUAAUAUAUUAAGACACAAAAAUGAGUGGGAUAAUUCCGGAAAUGGAACAAAUUAUUAGUCAAUUAGAGAGAGGGACGGUAGUAACAAAAUUCUUCCAACGCAGGAGACCAGAGAAAAAAACACUUAUGAUUCGUCGAGAAACUAGACAAGUUGUAUGGUCCAAAAGUCCAACUCAUAAGCCAUUCGAUGGCUCUAUUGAAAUUAGAGAAAUAAAAGAAAUUGUCGUUGGAAAAAACUCAAAAGAAUUUGAAAAAUGGCCUGAAGAUUCUAAAAAAGUAGAAAAUUUGAGAUGUUUCAUUGUUUAUUAUGGAUCUGAAUUUCGUUUAAAGACACUCUCAGCUUCAGCUUUUAGCGAAAAAGAAUGCGAAUUGUGGGUAAAAGGAUUGCGCUAUUUAGUACAGGAUACUAUAAAGGCUCCAUAUCCAUUACAAGUUGAACGUUGGUUACGUAAAGAAUUUUAUUUCAUGGAAAACAAUAGAGAAACAGUAUCCCUAAAGGAAAUAAAAACUUUUAUGCCUCGUGCAAGCUGUAAAAUUUCUACCAAUAAACUUAGAGAAGUUUUUCAAGAAGUGGACACACGAGGCAGGACUGAAUUAGGAUUUGAUGAUUUUGUUACUCUUUACCACAAGCUUCUUGUUGAUUACACCACAUUUCCGGACUGGAAGAAAUUACUCAAUUACUCAUCUUCAGGAAAGAUGUUCACCGUACAAGAUUUUCAGAAUUUUCUCAUUAAGGAACAACAUGAUAGUUUGGGGAAUAAUCCACAUGAAGUAUCCCGUUUUAUGACUGAAUAUUUACAAGACCCACAAAGAGAUGUACAAAAUCCAUAUUUUACUAAUUUAGAGUUUAUGAAUUUUUUAUUUUCUAAACAAAAUGAUAUCUGGAAUCAUAAGUAUGAUCGAGUUACUCAAGAUAUGACAAGGCCUUUAUCUCAUUAUUGGAUUGCUUCUUCUCAUAAUACAUAUUUAAUGGGAGAUCAAAUCAGCAGUGAAAGUAGUUGUCAAGCAUAUGUUAGAGCUUUAAGAGCUGGAUGUAGAUGUAUUGAGUUAGAUUGUUGGGAUGGCCCUGAUGGAAUGCCUUUUAUCUUUCAUGGCCAUACGUUAACAACAAAAAUUAAAUUCCUGGAUGUUAUCAAAACUAUUAAAGAGCAUGCUUUCGCAACAUCUGAAUAUCCAGUUAUUUUAUCAAUUGAAGAUAAUUGUACAUUGCCUCAACAACGAAAAAUGGCUAUUACUAUGCAAGAAGUUUUUGGCGAUGCUUUAUUAACUCAACCUCUUGAAAAAAAUGAAACUUGCUUGCCAUCACCUUAUGCAUUAAGAGGAAAAAUAAUUUUAAAACAUAAAAAAUUGCCUGACGGUGUAGACGAAAGUACAUUUUUUGCAAUAAGUAGUCAAAAUGCCCAAGAAAUGGAUUUAAGAAAUACUGUCAAAAAUGGCAUACUUUAUUUAGAAGAUCCCUCUGACAGAGAAUGGUAUCCCAAUUUUUUUAUAUUGACUCCUCAUAAUUUAUUUUAUACAGACACAUUUUCCCAAGCACAAGAACCCGAACUUGAUGAUGACGAUGAGACUGCAACACUUAACCGACAAUUAGAAGGAGUGCCAAAUGAUGAGCUUCAUUUUGGAGAAAAAUGGUUCCAUGGUAAAUUAGCACGAGGUAGAGAGGAAGCUGAAGAGCUAUUAAGGCGUCAUUCUCAUCUUGGUGAUGGGACCUUUUUAGUCAGACAAUGUGUUACAUUUGUUGGAGAUUAUUGUCUUUCAUUUUGGCGCAAGGGAAAAGUAAAUCAUUGCCGAAUAAAAUUAAAACAAACUUUAGGUCAAACGCAGUACUACCUCAUCGACAGUAUUUGCUUCGAUAGUCUGUAUAGUUUAAUAACACAUUAUCGAAACCAUCCUCUGAGAAGUCAGGAAUUUGUUAUAAUUCUAAAAGAACCUGUACCUCAACCUUGUAAACAUGAAGAAAAAGAGUGGUGGCAUGGUGAAUGCACUAGAAGCAUUGCUGAAGAUAUUCUUAAACGUGUUCCUACAAAUGGUGCUUUCUUAGUCCGGCCUAGUGAGAAAGAAAGUAAUACUUACGCGAUUUCGUUUAGAGCAGAGAAUAAAAUUAAACAUUGCAAAAUCAAAUUAGAAGGACGUUUAUAUACUGUUGGUUCUAUACAAUUUGAAAGUCUCGUUGAAUUAGUAAAUUAUUAUGAAAGAGAUCCAUUGUAUAAAAAAAUACGACUUUGUCAUCCAAUAGGACAUGAUAUACAUAAUCUAGCAUUAGAGGAAGGUGAUGGAUCUGUAUAUGGAAUCCCUGGAUAUAUGGAUCCUGCUAUUUUUAUAUCAAAAGUCACAGUCAAAGCGCUCUAUGAUUAUAAAGCUAGAAGAGAAGAUGAGCUGACGCUAGUUAAACAUGCCAUUAUUACGAAUGUACAUAAGCAAGAAGGUGGAUGGUGGAGAGGAGAUUACGGUGGAAAAAAACAACACUGGUUCCCUGCUAAUUAUGUUGAAGAGAUUGAAUGUCAAGAUAGUCAACUUGAUUCUCAAGAUUCUUUGAUGUUAGGACAUUUACAAAAAGGCUCGUUAGACAUUACUGGAGCAGUUGUGGAAAUUGCACUUGCUGAUAGACCUGGUUUAGAAUGGAGUAUAAAAAUUCAGAAUCCCAAUAUGUGCACGGUAUUCGAAGCUGCUACUCCUUCAAAAGAAACAGCACUAGAAUGGCUUGAUUCAAUCCAGAAAACUGCUCAACAUGCAAAUGCUCGAGAAAGUCAACAUAAAGAGAUUGAAAGGGCUUGGAGAAUUGCUAAAGAAAUUUCAAAUCUUAUCAUUUAUUGUCGAUCUGUGGCUUUUGACAUGGAUCGGAUAAGUCGCAAAAAUUUUGUAUUCCAGGAAAUGAGCAGUUUCCCUGAGAAUAAAGCUGAAAAGCUUAUUUGUCAACAAGAACAUGCAUUCUUUGUAAAAUAUCAUCAAGUACAGUUUAGUCGAGUUUAUCCAAAGGGUCAAAGAAUUGAUUCAUCAAACUAUAAUCCAAUGCCAUUGUGGAAUGCUGGAUGUCAGAUGGUAGCUUUGAAUUAUCAAACAGGUGAUAAAUCGAUGCAAUUGAAUCAUGCUAAAUUUCGAGAGAAUGGCAGCUGUGGAUACAUUCUUAAACCAGAUUGUAUGUUUGAUGAUAAUUACAAUGCUUAUGAUAAAAAGUGCUUAAGAAAUAUUGAAGCAUACCGAAUUAAGUUGAAAGUUAUUGGAGCAAGACAUUUACACAAACAGGGAAGAGGAACAGCAAGUCCUUAUGUUGAAAUUGAAAUAAUUGGUGCUGAAUAUGACACAGGGAACAAAUUAACUACUAAAACCAUAUCAGAUAAUGGAUUUAAUCCGAUUUGGAAUGAAACAUGUGAAUUCGAAGUAGCAAAUCCGAGUUUCGCGUUAAUUAGAUUUGUAGUACAAGACGAAGAUGUGUUUGGAGAUUGCAAUUUUAUUGGACAAGCUACUUAUCCCGUACGGUGUUUACGAACGGGUUACAGAAGUGUUCCACUCAAAAAUCAAUAUAGUGAAGACCUUGAACUUGCUUCACUCUUAGUACAUAUCACCAUUACAAAAUUUAUAUUGAAUUAAUUAAUUAUACACUUAUAAUCGAGUCAAAGAGCUAUUUUCAUGCUUAAUUGCUUAAUUGAGCGUUGCCUAUUUGGGGCAUCAAUUUAUCUUGAUUGUAGUCUUCAACAAACUAUAGUUU